GUUUAAGUGUGCUAAUAAUAUAAAUACUCACGAAAACCAUGAGUACACUCUCUCAAAGUACGAAGGAUGAAUUUGUGUAAGUUGAUACAAUUUCUCAUCUAUCAUAUUUCUUAUCUGUUUUCAUACUGGCAGUUAUGUACGUAGUUUUUUCGACGUAGUGUUUGAGCAGUAAAAUUUUCAACUACACUAGUAUAAAAUGGUUUCAACACAAUGCGAAUGUUAGUAUAGUUUAGUUGGUGAAGUACUGGAAUGACUGACAAAUAAAACAUGAAACGUACUUUUAAGGUCGUGAUUCUAGUAGAAUGGUAGAAACAAUUCCAUGAAUUUUCUUAGUAGAAACAAGGAACACUUGUGAACCGUAAUUUCUCUAAUUACAUUUUAUAUACUAAAAAGAUGUAUGUAGCAUAGUUAGACAUUGUCGAACCGAAUCAAUUAUCACUUCAGUUUGAGUGUUGAAUUAGCCUUCUUUUAACCUAUUAUUUUAUCAGCAUUUGCGAAACAAUCUGAUUAACAGCAUCAAGUAGUAAACGGAGAAUAUGCUUGACAGCUGACACUUCACUCAAAUGUGCUUUGCCAUUAUUCUCUCGAGAUGAUUAGGUCAAAUGAUUAACAAUACAUUAUUAAUACCCUAUGAUUUUGUUUCACGUGACUUCGAGUAAUACAAGCGUUUGGUUUGUAAAAUCACGACUGCCUUGUUCUUCUCCAUAAGUGGAUGAACAACAUAAAUGAAUAUAGUAUGUGUUAAUACAUGCCAACCAUUUAUUUAGAUCUUUCGUCUAUUCCAUGAAUUCAUUCUCACCAUCCCAAAUGUAUAAAUGGUGUUUUCUGCCCCUACUUAUGCUAUUACCGAUUCUACAAUGACAUUUUUAUCUGACCAUUCUUGUGUGUCAUGGCGAAUUCAACAGGCUCACACACAUGUGUCAGGUCCUAACUCCACAUGACUAACUGACUUAGAGUAUUCGGAUUGUAUAUGUUCUUCUCGUUAAUGUUCAAAUGUUUGGUGAACAUGUUUGAAAACCAUCAACAUCGAAUUACUGUUCCACGUAUGUAUCAGCCUUUUCUUAUCCGUUUAGGUUGGGAUUUUGCGUACUUAAGUUUGUCCAUCAAAAAAUCUACUAAAGUCUUAUUUUUCGGUUUGUUACUUCGGUAGUUAUGCUUCUAUGGUCAUCUUUAUUUUAACUAUCUCGUUAUUAUAGGUCAGAAACUUGACAAUGUCAUCCCGCCGGGAAUUCGCCGUUGGCUCGGAUUGGCGUUAGCGAUUUUCGAUGUUUUCUUCUUUGGUGGCUAUCAUUAUGGCUUCAAUUCUCUCAUCACAGUCUACAAAUCAGUUGGUGUAUACGCUUACAACUGUACGGCAGGAGAAUGCAUGUAUCACUAUGAUAUGUUCGGAGUUGUUUUCAAUGUGUGGAUGGUAUCACAAAUGUGUCUUAUUGUAUUUGCUGGAAUACUGAUGGAUAAGGUGGGGCUGAGAAUACUAAAACUGCUGGCAGUUGUAGUGUACUUUGUUGGUACCGUAAUGUUUGCAUUUAUAACUGGUGAAAGAGUGCCACUAUUCUACGCUGCCGGUAUACUUGUCGCCUUAAGUAGUAUAUGCAGCUUGAUAUGCAAUCAUCAAGUCAGUUCUAUGUUCCCACAGUUUCGCGGUCUUUGCAUAUCGCUUUUGUCUGGAGCGUACGACUCAAGUACGGUUAUAGCUUAUGUAAUAUCGUUGACCUACCUUAUGUUCCCAUUCAAAUGGUCGUUUCUUAUUUUGGCUUCCGGCUCAGUAGUUGUUGGCAGUUUUUUGGCACUUUUUAUCCUUACUCAGAAAUCUGAAGAUAUGGGAAAAUUCUCCUCCAUCAGCAAAGAAGAAGAAAAUUUAUGUGAGAAGGCGUCAAUUGAAAGUUUGGGAGAAAUGGAUAUCUAUGGAGAAAUAUCUUCAAUUUUGGAUAAACGUUACCCAUCUUUAUUAAGUUGUGUUUUUUCUUUACCAUACUUACUGAUUAAUCUUUGGUUUACUUUGGGUUUGUUUCGUUUCUCAUUUUACCUAUCACACUUAGCAAAACACAUAAAUGAUAUGUAUUCUGACGACAAGCCACUUGCAGCUCAUUUAUUAAGUAUCUCCUCAGCAUUCUUUAUGUCGAGUUUCUUACUAUCACCAGUUACUGGUCUUAUGAUUGACUUCUGUCUUAAAAGGGCUCGAACAGGAAUUCAAAAUAUGCUCACCAAGGGACGUGACUUGGCAAUGCCCGACAAAAUGUACUAUACUCUAACACUUGGCCUAGUCCCAGGACUAGGUCUAUUGGCUGUCUCUGCUGUUGCUCUGAGUGCAAUGAUGUUUAUACCUAAUUACAUAGCUACCUACGCAUCUUUUGUAUUCCUGGUUGUAUUGAGAUCGCUCUUAUUCAGUUGCUUCAUUAGCUUUCUUCUGUCUGCAUUCCCAAUACGUUAUUUCGGUACAUUGAAUGGCAUCACCAGCGCGGUAUCUGGUUUAAUAAGUCUCUCACAGAAUGCCUUUCAUCAAACUAGCAGAUCUAUAGAUAAUUUUGUAACUAUGGCGAUAUCAAUUGGGAUAUUUAUUGCACCUAUCAUUUUUAUGAUCAAAGCAAGAAAAUAAAUCCGUCAGUGUUAAAAUCUUACGGAAAACUUGUUUUUAUUUGUAUAUUGAGAUCCGAAGUUCGAUAUGAAUACUUUGAUAUUUAAAUCUUACAAAAACUUGUAUGGUGUAAAGUUUUGUCAAAUUUUUAAUAAUAAAAAUUUAUGCUGUGGUUCGUUGUUGAA